AUGACCAAAAUCAACCAACGACUGGCACGUGCAAUGCUGGGUGCUCUCCUAUUUCUCCAGCCUGUGCUGGCAGUGUCAGGGACAGGCACAUUAGUACAGCGAGCAUCUCAGUCCUCAGCACAUAUAUCUUCUCCAUCGAUGUCGACUCGAGCCGCAACAUGCAACGGCCACUCAGAGUACUGCACCCGGUCCUACUCAAAUAUUACAUUCAUAGGCUCCCACGACUCCGCCUUUGUCGGACCCCUACCCCAGCAGAACCAAAAUAUCGACAUAGAAGCCCAACUCGACAUGGGGAUCCGGUACCUGCAAGUGCAAACACACCGCUCCGUCAUUGAUGAGAACGUCAUAGAGCUGUGCCAUACAUCAUGCUUGCUCGAAGAUGCAGGACCUCUCAAAGAAUAUUUGGAGACUAUCAAAAACUGGUUGGAUGCAAAUCCGAACGAAGUUGUCUCUCUCCUCUUAACAAACGGAGACUCGGUACCAAUCACCGAGUUUGGAGACACCUUCUCCAGCAGCGGGAUUUCCAACUAUGCCUACGUUCCCUCCGAAAAUCCGCUAUCAAUUACAGACUGGCCCACACUGGGUGAUAUGAUCUCCAGCGGAAAGCGAUUGGUCGUAUUCCUAGACUACGGCGCCGACACUACAAAAGUGAACUUCAUCCAAGAUGAGUUCGCAUACUACUUCGAGACAGCCUACGGCGUCACAGACGCCUCUUUCCCGAACUGCAGCAUCGACCGGCCCUCUGGUGCUGCCGCGACAGGCCGUAUGGGCAUAGUCAACCACUUCCUUAAUGUCGAUGUUCUAGGCAUAAAGAUUCCAGCCCGCCAUGAGGCAGACAAUACUAAUGCUGCGACGGGGCCUGGUAGUAUUGGCGCCCAGGCGGCGCUAUGUGCCGGGCUGUAUGGGCGUGCGCCGAAUGUGGUGCUGGCGGACUUUGUAGAUAAGGGGGAUGUUAUUACGGCGCAGAAGAAUCUGAAUGGGUUGUAG